AGCCAGCGGCCCGCAGUUCCCCACGCCCCCUCCCUCCCCAUGCCCUCCACCUCAUCUCUUAGCACCGCCGGAGGGAGCUCCUCCCCAUGCCCUCCACCUCAUCUCUUACCGUCGCCGGAGAGAGCUCCGCUGCUCUCCUGCCGGACGCCGCUCCUGUUUCCCCGAGGCGACGGAAAUCAUGAACGGGGACACACCAUACGGCCAGGGGCCUCUUGAUCGCUGCUUGGGUCAUUGGUGGCGGUGUUGGCGUUCAAGGAUGGGGCUGCGAUGCCUUCGGAGUCUUGGAAAAGCAGCUCGGGCAGAGGAAGAGGACGCGUCCGGUGUUGGAGGAGCUGGGCCGGAGACGCCUGAUCUACUGCAGUCAGUUUCAGGUUCACGGCCAGGAUGGUGGAUUCGUACUUCGAUGGCCAGACUAUCCAUGUCAAGCGGCGGCAUGAGAAGAGCUCCGGCGAGGUCGUCAUGUGCCGGUGCAUCUCACCUUCAAGCACAUGCUGCAGAGUCCGGCUGUUCAUUAGUUCUUUCUUUGCUGGAUGUUUGGCGCGCUGGCGCUGAUGCUGCAUGGAAGCAUUGGAAGCGGAAAAAAAAAUUCACAUACCUUCCUGUCUCUGCAGUCUUGAGUUUUAAUUCAUGUGCAAUAGUCACAAAACAGAUCUGUCCUGCAUUCAAAAUAUUGCAGGUUUGGAGUAUUAUGCCCGUCCAAGAAGUAGAAAACCGAGCCUCUCCAGCAAGAUUUUCAAUAUUAAGGGGGAAAUCUGAAGGGAUGGAUUCAAGUGAUGCUGGGACAUGUACAGAGAUGGAGCUCAUUAUAUAUGGAGACAGGUUUUGAAUUGGGGUGUGCUGUUUCCUACCUGAUGGUGUAGACGUUAGAUGAGGGAUCUCCAUAUAAGUAGAAUGUCACACAUAUGAAUGUUGUAUCUUGGAUGCUUCAUAGAAAAGAAGCCAAGAGAACGAUUCAUCAGCUGCGUAUCAUUUUUACGUCCGACAUGUUAUCUCUUUCUCUAUAAGUUGGUCUGCUCUUCAAAAAAAGCUGAGAAUGUGACUAUAUAAGAAGCGUAGUUAAGUGUGUUCGGGGAGUGUACGUAAGAAAAAAAAUAGACCGCUAGGAGUAAAAACUCUCUUGCUGCCUACAAAGGUAGGC